AUGUCCUCAUCCCACGGCGCACUCGUUGUCUUCGGUUCCGGACCAGGCAUUGGACGGAACGUUGCCUCAUACUUUGCCGAGCAAGGCUUCAACGAGGUCUACCUCCUUUCUCGAGACUCCGCCCGGCUGCAAGAGGAUGUAGCGUUCGUAAAGAAGGCAGCACCUAAAACAUCUUGCGAAGCCAUCGAGAUCGAUCUGGCCAACCGUCAUAAAGUCAAGGCUGCUCUUCGGGACCUAGAUUCGAAGCUCAAGGGUCGGCCGCUAGAGUGUGUGCUGUACAAUGCCGCCAGAGUUGGAACCAGUUUGUUGACUGAUUGGAGCGAUGAGGAGUACGAGAAAGAUUUGAUGAUAUCUGUCGUGAGCAUGUUGACGGUAUCUCAAUGGGCGAUGCCAAAGCUUGUCGAAGCCGCGAAGACCGAGAAGUCCACUCCUUCAUUUCUUGUCACCAGCGGCGGACUCCACAAGAAUCCGUUUCCACAAUUCUUCUCCCUCGCAUCGUGCAAAGCCGCGCAGUACAACCUCACCCACAGCCUGCACAAGGAGUAUGGUCCGAAAGGUGUACACUCUGCCGCCAUUGUGAUCGAAGGCAGAGUGUCCGACGAAGCCAAAGUGACAACGGCGAGGAACAUCGCAAAGGAAGCCUGGAAGCUAUAUCAGCAGCCGGCUCCAGGUGAUCUCGAUGUUUCGAUCCAAGAUCCAGACUAUUUGGCCUUUAUCAAGAAGACGCAGGGGUAG